ACGAACUCUCACCCAAAUGGCGCCGUCGAGAACCGAUUGUCCAACGCUGUUGGCGGGAAAUGCCCUUUGAUUCUGUCUGAUCGUGCUCUCCGAUUCCGCCUGUUAUCCGUCGCAUCUCCUUCCCCUGUCGAUUCUCAAUUCUUCUUUCCGUCCAUGAGCUCAAGACUUCCCUGUAAGUAUUUCUUCAAUGUUUCCGUAACUACAUGCCAUUCAGGUUGUGAUGUGUUCAUUUUCGACUAUUGCAGAAGGUCAAUUGGAGUUGUGGGCGACAAAUUCAAGCAUUAAGGCACAAAUUUUGGAGGGCAUAUCUCGUCGUCGACCAAUGACUCCAUUCUUGUUCCUAGAACUCCUUCCCCAUGCCCUGAAGCUCUCUGCCUCGAUCUCCUUGAACGCUCUGCA